UGCGAUGCGCAAACUCUGCGGCUUCAUUCCACAUUUAAAGCUGUAUAUAGAGGAAGAGGAGAGAGAGAGAGAGAUAGAGAGAGCGAGCUUUCGAGGUAGUACAGCGGUUCUUGGAUCGACAGGUUUCCACGGGCCGUGCCACCGGCAACCUCGAUCUCUCGAAUUAUUAUUUUUUGUGGCAAAACAUGUGCUUGCAAAAGCUACGCGAACAUUCAGUGUGACACUAAAUCUCAUUUCUCUAAGGAUUCAUUAAAAUUCAUCAAUUCAUCAAUUCCAAAAAUUUUAUGAAUUUUUCCUUUCCCAUUUCUUUUCAUCAAAGGUUUUAUUUUUUUUUUAUUUUUACAAAUUCCGUUAAGUAACAAAAGUGAGUGAAAAUUAUCUCCUUUAUAAUACAGUCUUAUACAAUUUCAACUCUUGUCGUUAUUUUUAGAAUUCACUAAUGAAUUUCAAUUAUUGGAAUUAACGAAUUCCAAGCAAUCGAAUUGGUUCAAGGUUUUCUUCUCUAUUUGUACAAUUAACCUUUCUUAAUCGACAGUUCAAAUUUCCCUUCAGGAGAAAUAAGAAAAAAAAUAAAUAAACGAAAAUAAUGAUUAUUAGAAUGAAAUCGAUGUUUUCUCAUUGAUGUUUAACAAGAAAUUGGGUGUGUCUCACAAUUGAGUGGGUGGAAAAAAAAGAGAUGUGUUUUCCUUGUUAAACGUGUCGAACAGAGAGUAAUAGAAAAACGAAAACAAGAAAAAUUUAUAAUGGGAACACGAUAAAAUUGAAGAGUGUGUGAGUGAACCACGUGCUUCGAGCGGUAUUUUAGAAUAUUGUUUGUUCGAAAAUAUUAUCAAAAAAAAUUUACUAGAAUCGAAAGGACGAUAACUUUUUUCGCGAAGGAUAACAAUAAAAUAGUGCCCAUUGUGAUGAAAGGAACCUGCUUAGAUCAGGCGAAUUGCCAAGCGGACGUAGGAAGUUUUAAUCAAGACAGAAGUGGGAAAAUUUGACGCACAAUGUCAACCAUUCACGUUACAUUGCGAUAGGGGUCCAAAUUUCCCUUAUGUCCACAAGCAUGGUCUUUUCAAGUCUCGCCAAGCGACGCAGGGACAUAAUGUUGCGCGUGCUGGGAGUUCGACUGUUGUCGAGGCUACUGGUCCUUGUCUGUUCGCUCUCGUUGCUGUCACUCCUCUUCCUCAGUCGCUGUGGCUUCAAUAAUCUCGACACGGACCUCAUUGACACUGCUGGUCCUGUCACUUCUGCCAACUUAAUAGAAGCGAAUAUACGUGAGGAAGAAACUAGACUCGAAGUUGAGAGACUUACAGCAGAAAUUCGAACCCUAAAACUGCAGAUUUUGCAACUUACUGGUGGACCACCCGGACACAGUGAAACAUCAUCUUUAAUAAACGCUAGCGAUGUGGGUGAUUGUUUGGCGGCACGUCGACAAGUUGAAUUUGCAGAGAUCACUCAGGGUCUUCCAUUGAACAACGAAUAUGAGUUAAUAGCAUUUAAUCAUUUUACAUUCUCAAGACUUUAUCCAGUGGACCUAGGACUGGGUAAGCGUGUCGUUGAAAAGCCAAUUGGAUUUAAGAGAAAGGAUUUACUUGAGGCCCUAACUAAAGCAAUGGAAGCCUUAAAUAAGAAUGUAUCGUCGCUUUCCUUAAGGUAUACAUUGGAAGACUUCUUGGAGGGUCUGUACAGAAUAGAGCCAACAACUGGAACACAAUAUGAAAUGUACUUUAGAACAAAGAACUUAAAUAAAAGUGCUGCACAAGUGACGCAUUCAGGAUAUACUAAAAUUACCUUAAUGAGGCCUUACGCUCCUAUUCAAUUUGUCUCAACUAAGAGGCAACAUGCAAAGGAAAAGGAAUUAAUUCAUAUAAUCCUACCCCUUUCUGGUCGUACAAGUACAUUUCAGAGCUUUAUGGACAAGUUCGUUAAAAUUGGUCUUAAGAAUGAUAGAAGAGUACAUUUAACGGUUGUUUAUUUUGGAACUGAGGGAUUGUCAGAAGCUAGAGCUAUUAUGUCAAGAAUUUUAAUGACUCGUGGUAGUGGUGGAACAAAUCAAAAUUUGCGACUUCUUGCUUUAAAUGAAACUUUCUCAAGAGGCAAAGGUUUAAGAGUUGGCGCUGAAAGAACCUGGGAAGGAGAGGGAGAUGUUCUUUUAUUCAUGUGUGACGUCGACGUUGUCUUUAGUGCCAGAUUUCUAGACAGGUGUCGAUGGAAUACAUCUCCUGGUCGAAAGGUCUAUUAUCCUAUUGUCUUCAGUCUAUAUAAUCCUCACGUUGUGUACACACUUCAGGGUCGCGAAGUGCCGCCUGAAACUGAUCAAUUGGUUAUAUCAAGAGACACUGGAUUUUGGAGAGAUUUCGGAUACGGAAUGACGUGCCAAUACAGAUCUGAUUUUCUGAGGGUAAGAGGAUUUGACGAGGAUAUUGUUGGAUGGGGUGGGGAAGACGUCACUUUAUAUCGAAAAUAUGUCAAGAGCAAUAUCAAGGUCAUCAGGGCUACGGAUCCGGGGAUUUUUCAUAUUUGGCAUCCAAAGGUAUGCUCUGGUGGACCUGGUCAACGAUUAUCAACAGAUCAAUAUCGAGCAUGUAUUCGUUCUCGAGCGUUAAAUGAGGCCUCACACGCUCAACUGGGCUUCCUAGCAUUUCGCGAAGACAUUGCCAGUCAAUCUCUAAAUCUAAAAUCAUCUUCGCCGAAGAAAAAGAAGCCUCCAUUAAAAAAGGAGAAGAAAAAAUUGCCAAAGCAACAGACCAAAACGCAAGCUCAAGUUAAAGAGAAAAUCGUAGGUAGGACAUCAAAGGAUCAAACUUGAUCCCCUAAUACUGAUCGUCAGGAAUUUUGACUGUAAAUAUUCUGUAUAAAGAAAAAGAAAAAAAAAUCCUUAAAGGCUGCAAAGUGUUAUCUUUAUUCGAAGGUUAUUUUCAAGGAAUAUAUCAAUUCCGAAAGUUGAGGAAAAACCUAAUAGAACCUUUAUAAAAAACAACAACAGUUCAAGGGAGUAUUUUACGUUUGUGGAUGAUGAAAAAAAAAAUUCUAGUCGUUUGUAAGAAGUUACCGAAUUUUUUUUUCUAUUACUAAACGAAAAUUAAAACAUAAGAAAAGAAAUAAAAUUUUCCAAAAUGAUUAAAAAUGUAUUAAGACCGUGUCAAAUCCUGUGCCUUGAGUUUUAGUAAUUUAGUUUAUAACUAGAAAUAUUUAUUUCAAAAUUUAAUAUUUUUUUAUUUGUAAUAGCUAAUUUUUACUUUAAUUUAAUAGGUACAAAAAAUAUUAAACUCAACGAAGAUAUCUUGUUCCUAGGACACGGUCUUAAUUCCAAUAUUAAUUAAAUGAAAAAAGAAAACUUGUAUCUAGAAGAAUUCAGAUUUUAAUUUUUUUUAAUUUCACUUUUCC